CUGAAUCCCACACUGAGUUCAAUGACAGCAGCACCAGACUCUUCUCGUCAUGCUGCUCUACGGGAUUUCUCCGUUUGUGCUCUCCGUCAAUCAUGUUUUGGCGCUCAUAUUUCUGGCGUGUUUGCUGACAGUGGUGAAAAUGCUGAUUGUGAGGAGAAAGGGGAUGAAAACUAUGGAGCGUUUUCCUGGACCUCCUGCGCACUGGCUCUUUGGACACGUUAAGGAGUUUCACCAAGAUGGACAUGAUUUAGAGAAGAUUGUCAAGUGGAUGGAACGCUAUCAGUUUGCUUUCCCUCUAUGGUUUGGCCCGUCGUUGGCUGUUUUGAAUAUCCACCAUCCGUCAUAUGUGAAGACCAUUCUCACAACAACAGAACCCAAAGAUGACUAUGCAUACAAGUUUUUCAUUCCUUGGUUAGGCGAUGGCUUACUGGUGUCUACUGGACAGAAAUGGUUUCGGCAUAGACGACUGCUCACUCCUGGUUUCCAUUAUGACGUUUUGAAGCCUUAUGUGAAACUUAUUUCUGAUUCAACAAAAGUCAUGCUGGGUAAAUGGGAAGUUUACUCCAGAUCAGAAGAGUCAUUUGAGCUGUUUAAGCAUGUAAGUCUCAUGACGCUGGACAGCAUCAUGAAAUGUGCAUUCAGCUGUAACAGCAACUGUCAGACAGACAGUGGAACCAACCCGUAUAUCCAAGCAGUGUUUGACCUCUGCCACCUGGUGAACCUCAGGUUCAGAGUGUUUCCGUACCACAGCAAGGCCAUAUUUCAUCUUAGUCCACAUGGAUACCGGUUCAGGAAGGCAGCCAGCAUUGCACACAAUCACACAGCGGAAGUUAUCAGAAAGAGGAAAGAAGUCUUGAAGAUGGAGGAGGAGCAGGGCAUUGUUAAAAACAGACGAUAUUUGGACUUUCUGGAUAUUCUUCUGUCUGCUCGAGAUGAGCAUCAGCAGGGUUUGUCAGAUGAAGACAUCAGAGCUGAAGUGGACACGUUCAUGUUUGAGGGCCACGACACCACGGCUAGUGGAAUAUCUUGGAUCUUCUAUAAUCUGGCUUGUAAUCCCGAGCACCAGGAGAAAUGCAGGCAGGAGAUCCAGCAAGCUCUGGAUGGAAAAGACACGCUGGAGUGGGAAGACCUGAAUAAAAUUCCAUAUACCACAAUGUGUAUUAAAGAAUCACUGCGGCUUCAUCCUCCCGUGCCAGGAAUAUCACGGAAGCUGACCAAACCCUUGACUUUCUUCGAUGGACGAACUGUACCUGAAGGUUGCACCAUUGGAAUUAGCAUUUAUGGGAUCCACAUGAAUUCCACAGUGUGGGAGAAUCCAUAUAAAUUUGAUCCUCUGAGGUUUUUGCCUGAGAACGUUGCUAACAGGUCUCCACAUGCCUUUGUGCCAUUCUCUGCUGGACCCAGAAACUGCAUCGGACAGAACUUCGCCAUGAAUGAGAUGAAAGUAGCAGUGGCGCUGACGCUGAAGAGAUAUCACCUCAUUAAAGACCCCGAUCACACCCCGAAGAUGAUCCCUCAAGUCGUUCUCCGAUCUCUCAAUGGGAUUCACAUCAGGAUCAAACCUGUAGAUUCAUGAAAACGAUUCAUAAAAAGCUAGUGAGUACACUGAGCCUGCUGUACAUGCUAGGAGGCGUCAUUGAUCAUCAUUAGCCCUUUGACUGCCGCUCUACAAAAUGGUUGACCAUGGUUUUACUGUUUUAAGUUAUGAUUGUUAAAGUAGUUUAAUCAAUGAUUGAUUUUAAAUAGUGGUUUACACUACACAGCAUUGUUGGUCUACAAAGAAAUCAAACAAACAUAAUCCUGUUGCACUACACUUGAUUUUAAUUUUAUUGUAAA